AGUGUGCUGGUAAUGCAAGUAAGUGCUAGUUUGAGACGAACUAGAUGGUAGAAGGAAGGAACUUGAGAGAGAGAAAAAGGGGCCGUUGGGUUUGGGUGGCGCUUCGAAAGUAGCAAAACCGGCGACGCCAUCUACUGACUACAAGGAAAAUCAUAAAGAAAAUUUCAAAUUUUGAAAACCCAUCAAUCACAAAUGCCUCUUCUUCCAUGUAUAUAUACAUCUCUCCCAACGCUUGUAUACACUAUCAAUUCAUAGAUCGUCUCCACUGUUUCGUUUACUUCUUGGUUUCUACAAUCAGAAUCCAUAAUGCGCGGUAGCAAGGUUUCUCCUUUAACUAAGAAGAAAGAUGAGAACUCUUUAAAGAAGGAGACUGAUAAGAAUACCACCAUUAGAAAACUGAUUGAGAAAAAAGUAUUACAUAAUAAGAAACUUGGUACUAAAUCUUCAAAGAAACUCUCUUCCUUGAAGCGUCAAUAUGAAAAGAUUGAACCAAGCUGUGAGAAGACGAGGAGGAGACAGAAAAGGAAGAAGGCUAAUAAUGAGGAGUUAGAUGAAGCUUCUCGCUUACAGAGGAGAAUAAGGUACCUCUUGAUCAAAAUGAAAUUGGAGCAGAACCUUAUUGAUGCUUAUUCUGGUGAAGGUUGGAAAGGACAAAGUCGAGAAAAGAUUAAGCCAGAAAAUGAACUUCAAAGGGCGAAGAAGCAGAUUUUGAAGUAUAAGCUCAGUAUUCGAGAUGCCAUUCGACAGCUGGAUUCACUUAGUUCGGUAGGAAGCAUUGAAGAUUCUGUUAUGGCUCCAGAUGGAUCUGUUUACCAUGAACAUAUAUUUUGUGCAAAGUGUAAGUCACGUGAAGCUUUUCCUGAUAAUGAUAUUAUACUCUGUGAUGGAACAUGCAAUUCUGCUUUUCAUCAGAAAUGUCUUGAUCCUCCAUUGGACACUGAGAAUAUUCCCCCGGGAGAUCAAGGAUGGUUUUGCAGAUUUUGCGAGUGUAGAAUGGAAAUUUUCGAAGCAGUUAAUGCUCAUCUCGGGACAUAUUUUUCCAUGAAUAAUAGUUGGGAGGAUGUUUUUGAGGGAGAAGCGGCUUUACCUGAAGAUGCAAAUGCAUCACUUCAUCCUGAUGUUGAAUGGCCUUCAGAUGAUUCUGAAGAUGAAAAUUAUGACCCAGAGAGAAAAGAAAAUAGCAACAGCAUUAGUGGGGCAGAUUCUGAUGACAAUGUGUGGGAGGAUGAAUUUUCGUCUGAUGGUAGUGUUGGAUCAGAUGAAUCAGAUGCUGGAGUAGUAUGUGGCCGCAGGCAAAGAAGAGAUGUUGAUUAUAGGAAGUUAUAUGAUGAAAUGUUUGGGAAAGAUGCUCCGCCAUAUGAGCAAAUUAGUGAGGAUGAAGAUUGGGGUCCUGCCAAAAGAAAGCGAAGAGAGAAAGAGUCUGAUGCUGCUAGUACCCUUAUGACACUUUUUGAAAGUGAGAAAGUAAAUUCAGAUGUUGAUGUUGAGGACGUGGGAAGGAAACUCCCUCCUGAAGCACAAAUUAGGAGGUCAUUUUUCAGAAUUCCUCGGAUUGCUGUUGAGAGGCUUCGUCAAGUUUUUGCUGAGAAUGAACUCCCAUCUAGAGAUGUGAAGGAGAAUCUAUCAAAGGAAUUAGGUCUCGAUUCUGAAAAGGUUAGCAAAUGGUUCAAAAAUGCUCGUUAUUUAGCUUUGAAAACAAGGAAGGCAGAGGGAGUAAAACAGGUUCACACUUUGAGUCCUGGUCCACACUUUAUGUCAGACAAUACCUCAACAGAAACUGUGGUUCAUGUUGUAAAGAAUAAGAAGCCGUGUCAGAGAAAGCGCCCAAAGUCGCUAAGCAGCCCUUCGAAGAUGAAGCACCGCAAGAAAUCCUCUGUGACGUCACCUGCAAAUAGGAAGAAGGAGGAAUCUGUGGAGUUGAGCGAUGAUGUGACCUUGAAGAAGCUCUUAAAAGAAAGGACUAAAGAGAAGAAGAAGCUCAAUUUGUUUGCUGGGGUUGGAUGUGAAGAUGCAGAAGCAGAAAUGGAGAGACUCUGUCAAGCCAAAGGUAGAUUGGAAACUUUAAAGCAGAAACUGCUAAAAUUUCAAAACAACAAAUCUAACAACAAAUCUAAACAUCCUUUGAACGAGCCCUCUGUGAUUUAUGUUCCAGUGGCAGAGCUAAGGGAAAAGGCUUGAUGUCGUGAAAGGUUGUUAUCUUCUAAUUAUUUUUCUUUUUUUGUAUAGCAUAUUUACAAAUUCUAAACAUGAACAGUCUUGGGGUCUUCCCAAGGGUCAAAUCAAAUGUAUCUUUUGCUAACUUAUAUGAAAGGAAAAAAGGCUUAUAAAUUGGUUAAAAA